AUGGCGGCAAGUAUGAAUGUCGCACGACGUUAUCAUAUAGCAUCCAUAUUAUCAAAUGGGAAAAUAUUAGUUACUAGCGGAUAUGGUGAUAGUGGUAUGCUAAAUAGUGCUGAAUUGCAUGAUCCAUUGGCAAAUACUUGGACAAUGACAGCAAAUAUGAGUAUUGCACGAUGUUACCAUACAGCAUUCAUAUCGUCAGAUGGAAAAAUAUUGGUUACUGGCGGAUUUGAUGGUCGUUUUCUCAAGGGUGCUGAAUUAUAUGAUCCAUCAACAACUACUUGGACAAUGACAGCAAGUAUGAGUAUUGCACGAAAUUAUCAUACUGCAUCCAUAUUAUCAAAUGGAAAAAUAUUGGUUACUGGUGGAUUUGGUGGUAGUGAUACUCUACAUAUUGCUGAACUGUAUGAUCCAUCGACAAAUAUUUGGGCAAUGACAGCAAACAUGUUUACUCCACGAGCUUAUCAUACAGCAUCUGUAUUAUCAAAUGGGAAAAUAUUAGUUACUGGUGGAUGGAUUAGUAAUGGGGUUUUCAAUGGUGCUGAAUUGUAUUGA